CGGCAUUUUAAUUAACCACAUUUGUGUUUAUCUUCUUCUCCACUUGUACAGGUCAGAACGACGAGGCACGUCCGAUAAUUAUCUUAUUUUUUCGAUUUCAUUGCCAAGGACUGCUAUAUUACCUGACUUAGCACCUGCAGACUUUUAGUGUGCGGUUUUGCCUUCGAGCAGCGUGAUCUUCUCAUCAAAGAUACCAAUAUCCAACCAUGAAAUUUGCAAUUACAUUAUCAGCGAUUGUCGCUUUGAUUUUCUGCGUUUCGGCAGGUAAUCCUGAGGAUUACACCAAAGCCCAAUCCGUAUAUGAUUUCAGUGCCAUUGAUAUUCAUGGCAAAGAAGUGCCUCUUGAGAAAUACAAAGGAAAUGUUCUACUCAUUGUCAAUGUGGCUUCUAACUGCGGAUUGACCGAGAGGAACUACAAACAGCUCAAUGAACUUUAUGAGAAAUAUGAAGGCAAAGGAUUGAGAAUUUUAGCUUUCCCAAGUAACCAAUUCCUGCAGCAAGAGCCGGGAACUGAUAAGGAAAUCGAAGAGUUCACCCAAAAGCAUGGAGUGAAAUUUGAUGUGUUCUCCAAAGUUGAUGUAAAUGGCGAUAAUGCCAUUCCGUUAUACAAAUUCUUAAAAUUGAAACAACCAGGCACGAAUGCAACAGACAGCAGCAUCGAAUGGAACUUUACCAAGUUUAUUGUUGACAAAGACGGACAGGUUGUCGAACGAGAUGUUCCCAAGAAAGAUCCCCUUGAGCUGAUUCCAUCCAUUGAAAAGUAUAUUUAAUUUUGUGUCGCCCAACUGUUGAAUAUUCAUUAAUUGAUUAAUAAACCAAAUAUAAGACCUUUA